UUCUCUGAUAAUGGCUGAAAUCCAUAAAACCCAACACAACCUUCCUCACCAAGUGGCUAAGGCUUCCACUGCGUUAGCCCUAGGUGGGUCUCUCUCAGUCCUCUCGGGGCUAACUCUCACUGCAGUCAUCAUUGGUUUGACAGCAGUGACACCACUGCUGGUGAUCUUCAGCCCAGUUUUGGUCGCAGCUACUAUUGGGAUCCUUCUGCUGGCUGCCAGCCUUUUGUCGUCAGGCGGGCUUGGGGUGAUGGCAGCGUUUGUGUUUUACUGGCUGCACAGUUACUUGGCCGGAAAGCACCCAGUUGGUGCUGAUAUGCUUGAUCAGGUGGUUGCAAAGUUGGCGAGCGGGGCUAGGGGCAUCAAGGACCGAGCAAGCCAAACUGGUCAGCACCUCAUAAAGAGUUCAGAGCAUGACGGUUAA